AUGAUUCAAGAAAAGGAUGAUCCAAGACUCCUCAUUCUUGGCUCUGGUGACUCUGGCAAAACAACCCUUCUUAAACAGAUGCGUCUUUUUUAUGGUGAAGGAUUUACUUUGGAAGAAAUAGAGGCGUAUCGACUGCUUCUGCUCGAGAACGUUAUCAACUGCAUGUCUGCGUAUCUAGCACUCUGUGAUCACCUCAACCUCCCUAUUAUCCAUCAGCAUGAAAGAUUGCACUAUGUCUCAUACAGUCACGCUGGCCGAUCUUAUCUGCCAGCAGACCUACCUCCUAUUAUUUCCAUUCUCUGGAACGAACCAUCUGUUCAACAGGUUGUUUUGCUUGGACCAAACUAUCACAUUCAAGACACUGCCCCAUAUUUUCUGUCAAGAGUAGAAACCAUUGGUAAAGUGGGAUACAAACCAACUAACCAAGACAUUUUGCAUGUGCGAGCGCCAACACUAGCUGUAUCUGAAACCAUAUUCAAGAUCGGCAUCCAUCACUACCGCUUAUUUGAUGUUGGUGGUCAGCGAGGGCUUCGUAAGCAAUGGGCACCUUUUUUCGACAACUGCCACUCAAUUCUCUUUGUCACUUCUAUUGCUAGUUACGAUCAAACGCUUGAAGAAGAAAGAGAACAUUCUGUCAAUCGUCUUCACGAUGCCAUUGAGCUUUUUGGCGGUGUCAUCAACAACCGUAUUUUGCAAAACUCUGAAGUACUCCUCUUUCUUAACAAGAAGGAUAUUUUCGAGGAAAAACUUAAACACCUCCCCUUUAGCAAGUUUUUUCCCCGCUAUCGAGGACCAAAUGAUCCUGAAAGCAUUGCUCGAUACGUUGCUGCAUUAUUCAAGGCUCAGCGAUGGGAUCAAAAUCGUAAAAUCAUGAUCCAUCGCACCUGCUGUACCGAUACACGUAAUAUGGAACUGGUUGUUGCAAGACUGAUUGAGGGAUUAACAAAGUCGGCUUUGUCGAGGAUUGGCACAAUUUGA